UGUUUAGAGGAUACUGAUGUAAGACAUCGAUGGUCCUCCAUAGUUUCAGGUACGCAUAAUAAUAUCGAUGUAAUGUCUAUUAUGAUGGAAUAAGUAUAUAUAUCUCCUUCUUCUCCUACGUUUUUUCAUUCUUUAUCUCAAUUCACAAUACAACCAACAGCAAUAACAUCUGUACCAAUUCCACAUCUUCAUUGACCCCGCAUUCAAGCUUCAUAGCUCCAACUAUUCACACAGUUCUCACCCGCCAAAACUCACAACACACUUAAAAUGGCCUCAGACGGAAAGAAAACCAUUGUUGUCUUCGGCGCAACCGGUGCUCAGGGCGGCUCCGUCAUCAAAUCCAUCCUCGGAGACUCCAAAGCCGCAGCACAAUUCAAGAUCCGCGCCGUAACUCGCGACCCCUCCAAGCCCAGCGCCAAGGCACUCGCCGACCAGGGCUGCGAGCUCGUUACUGCGGACCUGAACAACGAGAGGGAUGUUGCGCGCGUGCUCAAGGGAGCUUACGGCGCCUUCGCUGUGACCAACUUCUGGGAGACUGGAGACCCAGACGUCGAGCUCAAGCAGGGAAAGAACGUAGCUGAUGCCGCAAAGGAAACCGGAUUGCAGCACCUGGUCUGGAGCUCCCUGAUCAACGUCACUAAGCUCACCAAGGGCGUCCUCUCCAAGGUCUCCCACUUCGACUCCAAAGCCGCCGUCGAGGAAUACAUCCGCUCGAUCGGCAUCAACGCCUCCUUCUUCCGCCCCGGCUACUACAUGUCCAACCUCCUCCAAGGAGGCAUCGUACCCAACGGCGACGGGACCUACUCCGUCCCCCUCCCCAUCCCCACCAACGCGCCCAUCCCUCUCUUCGACACCACCGCCGACACUGGGAAGUUCGUCAAGGCCAUCUUCCUCGCGGGCGACAAGACGUUCGGGAAGACGUACGACGCUGCUGUGGCGUACGUGACAACCGCUGAGAUCGCAGCGGAGUGGAGUGCGGUGACGGGCAAGAAGGCGCAGGCGGUUGUGGCGGAUCCUAAGGCUUGGAAAGCGCAGCUGACAAGCUAUGGGUUGAGUGAGGAAGCGGCGGAGGAGCUGUACCAGAAUAUGAGGUUGAUGGAUGAGUUUGGAUACUACGGCGGUGCGCCGCUGGAGGAGAGCCAGAAGAUUCUGGAUGAGAAGUUGACGACCUUGGAAGGGUUUAUUGGCAAGCAGGACCAGUGGAAGAACUUAUAAUGUGCAUCUAUGGGUGCUUUGUGGUAUACCUUAGCUCAAUCUCAUAAUAAUAAUAAG